AUGACAGCACCUCCAGUGUCGGUGGCGCCUGGCGCCCCGUCCCCUCCUGCACCCUAUUUUCCUGCUUCUCUCGUGCCUGCUACUGCCGCCUCUCACCUCCAAGCUGCUGUUCGCCUGAUUCAAGAAGCACAAGCUCUACACCAGCUGCCUGCGCUCUCUGCGCAAGACAACGUGGGGAAAGAGAAAGAGAAGGUGCACUCCCAGUCGAACGAGAUGUUGCCUGUACGCGUGAGUUUUCUGUGUAGCUCGGCUCUGAAACACUUGGAGGCGUGUGGACUGCCUUUCUAUGAUGUGUUUGAUGAACGAGGUGGGAGGGGAGGUAGAUCGGCUUCACGAAGGAAGGACGGAGAAGAGCGAGACACAAAUAACGAGAGACUCCUCUCGCCCAGGGACGCAUCUCGAGGCUGCCUCCUCGGUUUCCAAGCGCUUGUGCUCCUUGCUGAAGCGAUGAGAAGUCUCGGCAAAGACAGGGAGGCUGUAGGGUGCUACACUGAGUCAUUCAACUGGAUUUCGGAGGCAAUGCCGGUGCAGCAGAGAGCCCAUGCACUGUAUCGGGCAGCGUCGGUCAUGAUGGACGUGCGUGGCGAUCUCGACAGGCAGAGAAGGAAGAGAGAAGAACAGUCACAGGCAAGGCUUUCAAGGGGGGAUUCCGUCUCUUCUACAUCUGCUGUCGCGUCUCCCACGCAGUCCUCGGCUGUCGCAGCCGGUCAACGAGAAAAAGGCAGAGGAAGAAAGAGAAAAUCUACGGCCUCGGCUGCUCAAUCUCUCACCUUCUCGGAUUCGUCUGUAGACGGCGGGGCGCUGCCUGCACUUGUCGGUUUAUCGAAGGUCAGUGACGAGGUAUCGAGAAAACGGGAGGCGACGAAUGAUAUGAACGAAGCGCAGCUGUCAACAGCGGAAAAAACGAGGAGACAGCGUGUUGUAUGCAGCCGCCUUCGCCUCGCAAGUAUUCUCUCACCCCAGCAGAGACCCACGUUGUCUGUGACUGACGGAGAGAGCUUAAGAUAUUGCCGCCGAGCCCUAGAGUAUGCCCUUCUUCUUCAGCCUAACCACGCGGGAGCCAGCGCCAGGCUGGUCAAGGUCCUUCUUCUUCUAGGUGAUUUUGGCUCUGCUGCUCAUGCCCUCAAGUAUUCUCUUUCUCUAGGCUUAAGUGCAUCAGGUGGUCGCUCUGCCUCCAAAAUUCGAUGGCUCCUAAGGGCGCUCGGGAGCACAGUAAUUGAAGGGAGGAACGAGCAUGACAGAGAGCGACAGCAAUACAUAACGGAGAGGAAGGCAGAUGGAAGGGGACAGGCUGAGGCAGAAGUGAACAAGGCCGAUGUCAACAGAGAACGAAGGAUGAUGAUGGGUCCGGCAGAUUUGACAGGCGGAGAGAAAAAUGAAGAAGAACACAUGGAGAAUAUCUUCCACAUGCAGUUCCUAAGACAGGAUAGAAUACGAAUUCAUAGGCAACUCGAGGAAUUACAGAGAGAAGACGCCAGUGUUCUGUCUCACGCCCGGAUGUCUUCUUCUUCCAUGCCAAUCUCUCUUUCUCUUCCUCCUUCCCCUUCGGUGUCAUCUCAUGAGGAGGACCCUCGUGGCGUUUUCACUCUCCUCACAUUCCUCUACAAUAUUAUCCUGGCCGUGGAUGAGGCACUAGAAGUCGACAGCGGAACCGCAGCGCCUUUUUCCAACCCGCCUGCGACUCCCGCGCUCUGCCGCAUGGUCACCGUGUCGCGGGCAUCUUCUCCGCUUCCUGUGCCAAAGCUCGUGGAACGCCAGUUGAGUGAAGCGACUCGCCAGCUCGCGGAGAUCUUUUCUCCGUUUUAUUCUGGCCUUUCUCGCGCUGCCACGUCGUCUGUCUCUCCUGGCGGGGGUUGUAGUUCUCCGUGCCCUGCGGCUGUGCCACCCCCGCGGCCGCCAGCAAAGGCGCUGGCGUCUCGGCAGGGCGGCGAAAACGAGGGCUUCACACACUCGGGCUUGCCACAAGUUCUCGAAGAGAAGGGAAAGCGGGGCGCUUGCGUGCCUGAGUCCCCGCAAACGUCCCUAGCGUUCCCUUCGAGUGGGAACUCUUCGCGGAAGCGAAGGGAUACCCACGUGGGUCGUGCCCAGCACCAGCAGAGACAGCUGCUGCUUCUGCAACAACAACAGCAGCGUAGCAGGAAUCGUUUGCGCCAGGAAAAGCCCCGCCGACUCAAGUUUUUGCACGAGUGCGACACAGCCGUAAGUCAGCUUCCGUUUGCUUUCUGGAAGGCCUUCGGCAGACUCAUGCGCGUUCCCCACACACACGUCCCCUCCUGCAUGCCCUUUGCCUCCUACGAGCACAUGGAUGCUCUGGAGCAAGUGUGGGGGGACGCCUGGGCGCUCUCCCAGCUCAGGAGCUCGGGGCUGAGCUACAAGAUUCUUCACGCCAACGCCACAGCGGCGGCCUUCGCCCUCGCUGGAAAGUCUGGAUCCGGAGAGAGGGGAGAAAGCAGAUCGAAGACCGGAGGCAGGCGAGAUGGGAGGGGCAGCGGCAGUGCAAAGGCUAAAGACCGCAGCAAGGCUGAGUGGACGAAAGGUGUGGGGACUGUGUGUGGAGAGGGUGUCGCCGCGUCGGGCGGGGAUAGCGGAAUCGGGAAAGAGAGCGGUAAAGAUGCGGAAGACGAAAUUGAGAGCAAGAAUGAGAAGGGAAAAGAAGGCCUAGCACAGGAGAGAGGAGAGCCCAGGGGUACGAAAGUGAAUGAAAAGACAGGAAGCGUAGCGACUCCUAGCCAAGACCCAGCUGGACCCGAGCCUGGAGAGAAAGGCGCCAGUACACAGGCACAUAAUGCGCAAGACAACGUCAAAACAGCAGCCAAGACGAGCUCGGCAACGGCAGCGGCACGAGGAGCGCUCCAGGGCGUCAUCGCAGCCGCCACUGGGGUCGCAGGGGCGGCCUCAGGAGCGCCCUCGCUUCAAUGGGCCCUGUGGCAACUUCAGAGUGCGAUGGAAGGAGGAACACAGAAUAGCUUGUGCGAGAGCAGUGGGACUACAACCCCCGCCACGAGGGAGGAGUCUGACGCAUUGUAUCUCUGCGCAGGUGACACAACCCAGGAAGGAAAAGAUGCAAGGAAGAGUGCUGGAGAAGCAGGGACAGUGAAAGAAAGAGGCGAGAGGAAGGAAAUGGGGCCUGGGCUUGGUCUUCUUCUGACAAAACGAGCACAAGAGCAAGUCCUCGACGCGAUCGAGAAGGCACUCGGAGGUGUCGACGCAUCUGAGCAAGGAAGGGUGGCGAAGGAAGUCCCUCUUCUUGUUGUGCUCUUGCGGGUUAUCGAAGCUCUCAUCUCUACUCGCUCGUUAUGGCAACUGACUCCCUAUGGUCUCUGCGGCUCAGCGUCGGUAUCAUGUAUCUCCUCUUCACACCGUUCAUCUUCCUUCUCGUCGACGCUGACACCUGUAGCAGUGAGCUGCUUGCUGUCCUCCUUCAUAAGCGAGGGAACUCGCCGACUUGCUUUGGCGUCUUCCCUCUUCUUUUCGCGGUUUUCAUCCUUCCUCGGAAGCGGGAAAGAAGACCGAAGCACAUUGGGGGAGGAAGGCAAAGGACAAGCGACAGGGGUCCUGGUUAAGGUGGAGGAGGCGGCGAACGGGGGCCGAGCGAACGAUUCUACCACGGGGAACAUGGGGAGUAAACAGGGGUUUUGGUGGCACCUUGAGUGGUCUACACUGCAGCGCCUCUCUGCCCUGUCUCCUUCCAAGGGUGUGUCCUCGGCCGUCAGAGAGACUGCGCGCGUGCUGCUUGUUGACUGGCUUGGAGUCCCGGUACCUAUUGAGGAUAGUCUGAAAGAGAAUCAAACGCCGUGGAAGAAAAAUUCAGGGAAAGACAGAAAGAAGCUUGUGGGUUCUCCUCACUUGUGUCUCCAAAUCGCUGCCUGUCUCUUGUCCGCCGCGGCGGGCCAAGCCCCGUACGUUUGGUCAGACGUGCCCGACAACGAUGCAGAAGUGCAAGAAAAAGGAGAUACAUAUCCUGUGUCACCCCUUUCGAAAUCGUUAUCUCCGUCUGUGUCCUCGUGUCACCCUUUCGGUGUCAAGAUCUUCCACCUUUCUCAACUGAAGGAGUUGCUGGACGUCGCUGGUGAGUGCUUGUACACGGCAGCGGCCUCCCAAGAAAUGGAGGAGAGGGCGAACGUGAAUGACGAAAGCGGGGGAAGAAGGAAAGAGGGAGAUGCCCGAUGUGGAGACGCUGGGAAAGAGGGUGAGAAGGCAAAGCAGGAUGCAAGCCUUCGUUUCUAUCAGCUGCUGAAGAAACUGCUCGCCUGGCUCGCUCUGCUUCAGCGCCAACUCGGCGCCGCCCUUGGAGCCAGCGGGCAAACUGAGUCAGGUGAAAAGUUGCUUUAUUCUCUUCCAGGUGACUCUGGAGAGGGUGCGACCGGAGCCUUAGCUGCGAUCAUGCUUCUCGCCGAUCUCCAUGACGAAGAAGAAAGACCAUGGGGAGAUGUUGUGGGGCGAUAUCACGAGAGAGAGCAAGCGGACAGUCCUGGGAACCAGGAUGGAAAGGAAGAAGAAAACACAGGCGCUUCCGAUGUGGUUGACCGUAAGAGGACGGCGGCCGCGCUGAAGCAGGCGACGACCCUUUCUCACCCUGCUUUGAGCGAGCAGAAAGUAGACUUGGGUGAUGUACCACCUUUACCUGUUCUACGGAGGAAGGCUAUCGCUGCCGCAGUCGCUGAAGGGAUGGAUGUCGAGCUGCUGGAGUCCCUCGUAGGCCCUUUUGCUUCGCGUUCUUUUGCCCGUUUUGUCUCCAGCCACAGGCGUCUCAACGGGCAGAUCGAUGGACACAAAGAAGGACAGGCAGCCGAGGAAGCGAAGAAGGGGGAGGCUCAGGUUGGUGGCGCCGUUGUUUCUCCGACAUUCCGGGCAUCAGCUUCUUUGCCGAACACAGGACACGAAGAAACGACAGGAGCAUCAGAGUUGAAAAGCACCUCCCUUUCUUCAUCUUCGUGUUUCUCAAAUCUUCAGUUUUCGCGUGCGUGCGUCUUGGACGCUCUGGUGGACACGCUGAGAGAAGCAGAGAGCCAACUCUUCUCCCUGUCUCUGCGACUCCAUGUCCAGGCGCGUCAACACGCAGCUGAGGAGACAUCCGCGGCUAUCUCAGGCACGACUUCAGCUGCACAAGGAGGCGAUAAGGAAGACGAGUCAUGCCUUUCGUCUGGAAGUGCGAAAGCCAUUCUCUCGUCCGAUCUCCAGGCGGAUCUCCUGUUCUUUCUCCAUUCGACCAUUCCCUUCAUCUCCCACAUUACGCGCCAGCUGUCUGCGCUGAGUGCCUCCUCUCUCUCGCUCUCUUCCCUUCCGGCUUCUCUUUCGAAGCAUACGGGCAAACAAGGAGGCAAAGAGGUCAUGAUCCCUCUCCUCGUAUUUGUAACACCCGUUCUUGAGAGCUUUUUCCUCCGCCUCACGUCUCUGUACGGCGACCUAUUCACCCUCUUGGCGCUGACAGCGAGCCGUAGCCUCGACGCGCCCCUUGUCUCGUCCCUUGGAGCUGCCCUGGACCCCAGUUUUUCGAUGGAAGAAAUAAGGAAACAAAGGUAUGGCGUCCAUGACCGAUUCGUUGUGGCUCUUUGUUCGAGUCUGCCGGUGUUUCUCUCUUCCUUGGGCGUCUUUCGUCGUCAUUCACGGGGCGUGUCUCAGAGGGAAGUGUCUCCUGGGGGCUGCUUCGAGGGCACUGCGGAGUGGUGGGGCUCCAGCUGCUUGGCCGAGGUCGUAGGCAGGCAAGAACGGGGAGGCGGCGAAGACGAACAGGUCAGUCGAGAGGACAGCACUGCCGGAGCAGACGAACGAUCGGGCAGGAACGAAGGAAAGACACAGGAGGAGGAGGGAAGCCGCCCACGUGGUUCCGCGUCUGGUUCUCCGCUGGUGCCUCCUGUCGCGGCACUCUUCCCUGUCGCUCACAAAAUAGACCAACCCGGAGGACCGCAGCCGCAGAUGGACGGAAAAGGUUGCCAGUUCCCUACUCCGACUUCCCAGCAAGUCCUUCCAAGUUUAGAUACGCCGUUUUGCAUGUGGGGUGUCGCGGUCCCUUCCAAACGGUCGACUGCUGAGUGGCUUCUGAAGGGUCGAGAACUCGCUCAGGCUGAAGAGGCGGAAGACGACGACGAUACUCUUCGGCGUCUCCUCAGUCCUCUGGCCUUUCGCUCUGCUUCUCGGAAUGACACUUCUUCGUCUUCGAAGACUUCCAAUUCCGCCUCACCCGCACAAUCGUCCUUCUCAGUCCCCGCCUCCGCGAUUUCUUCCUCGUCUCCUGCCUCGCCGGCGCCUCUUCCUGCAGAUGGCUGUUAUCUCCAUAGCUCAGCCGCCCGGCUUUGUGUGGCACUGGCAGCAUUCACUCUCAUCGAACUGGUUGCGGUUUCUACAUUUUGUGCUGCGUGCACGUCGUUUUUGGAGAAGAAAAAGCUGCCCUCUCUUCCGACUGUCGCUGGUCCUAUGGCAGUAGCCGCCGGCGGGGGCGCCGGCGGCGCCGGCGCAGUUUUCUCUGCCGGUGUCGCUCUCGUUACAAUCGCGAGGAAGCGGGGAGAGGCUUGGAAAGACUUUUGCUUUAGUGGCCAACUUGUGCGGUGGACUUUGCAUGCGCUGCUGUACUUGGUUGCUGCGCCUUUGGAGGCUUCUGCCGUAGCGGCCUCCAUCACGACACACUCCCCGAACGUGGGACACGGCGACCGAAAGAAGGGAGGGAGGCAGGGAAAACGCAAAAGGGAUGACGAAGGCGGGGAAGCACAAGAAGCAGACGGGUCUAACGAGAACCCAGACGACGAGAGGAAUGCAGAGAGGGAUGAAUCACUUCUGUGGCAGUUGCAUCCCUUAACGUCAAUUUUAUCUGUAAAGGAAGACGAUGACGGACGCGCGCCCAUCUUCCUCGACGGUGCGUAUCAUGAUCUGAAUCUAGGCCGAGGCUCGACACCAAUCAGUGACACUUCGCCUCUUGCGUUCAUGGAAUCGGUUGCAGAGGCGUCAGCAGUGCCUCUGUCUUCUCCUUCUUCUUUGUCUGCCGUGUUCCCGUUCUCGUCCGCAUCCCCCCAUUCUCCAUCGUCACUCUCCUCAACGAGGCACGGCUCGCCACCUGUCUCAUCUUCCUCUUCCGCCUCCCCGUCUUCUGCCUUCACGCUCUCUCUGCUGGGGGCUCUGGGGGACGUUCUCGGUCGCAAUGAAGAAAGAGGCGUGCUUGACGGCGGCGAAUAUGCCUCGCGUCUCGCUGAGGUUAUCCGCCUCUCUCUGGAGGCUGAAAUGGUCGUGAGGGAGCUAGCUGGAGGAGCCGGUAGCUCGCAGCUCGACGGCCUUCCAGGCUUCUCGGGUGCUUCACCUCUAUCAGGGGCUGGGGCUUCUGGCGCAGGUGGAGGGAUGAGCAAAGUAAAUGCUGGAGCCCUUCUGCUCAUAGGAGAGGCGAAAGUUAAGAAAGGUGAAAGAGGCGAGAGGGCGGCUCGGGCGGCCUCGGCGGCGCCUGCCGCGAUUGCGCUGCUUCCGGAAUGGUUGACGUCCGCUUAUAGACAGGAGGAAGAACUCCCGUGGGAGAAAAAAAUCGACGAAAUAUGGAUGAAAGGGACUGCACCUGCCUCGGCGUACGCUGACACGCCCCCCACAAGCAUCCUGGGAGGCGUGAACUCCGAUGUGCGCAGCCGGCAAAGACAGCUGCCCGGCCUCGAGCUUUACCUACCCCCGGGGAUGUGUACGGCCUCUCUCCCGCUCGCUGCUUUGCAAGUGGCACUGCGAUCCAUCCGUCCAUCUCCGAUUCGUGGCUUUGAACGUGAAAUGCUCGUUCUCGCUUCAUCGUGCUCUCCGUCUUCUCUCCCGUGUCGGCCUGACGCAGACGCCGCACGGGCGGCGGUGCGAGAGGUGCUGACGAUGCGGCCAGGGAGAGGAGGCGACGAGACAGGCGCGAAAAGCGGGGAGGAAGGAGAGCGCGGCGAAGGCGUGAGAUGUCAGUGGAUCGAGAGGGCGGGGACCCGCCUCGCCCCUUUUGCCACAAUGUCGGGCAGCAGUACGUUCCUUAUAGUUCCCCUCGCUGUUCGUCUCCUUCGGCUGCAUCUCUGCGCGACUGCCCAAUGCCAGAGUGAUUUGCUUCUUGCUGCCUCUGGCUCUUGCGAGGAAGGGGUGGUGGAAGGAACUGGCAGACAGCAUAAGAGUGGAGUUUCGGAACAGGGAAACGAUGGCGGCGUCCAGGAAAUGAAAAUCGGCAGCACAGAAACGACGGCAGAGUUCGCAAACGAGAGGGUCAAAGAGACGAAUGCAACGAUGACGCCAGGAGAAGCGGGUCUUGCUUGCUGCAGUGACAAGCUCUCAUUCUGCUGGGCUGCUAGUGAAGUUCCCGACAGACUUGGAGACUUGGCGCAUUCGAUUGCUUGCUGCUACUUCCUCGUGUAUGGCCAACCAGUGCUUCCUCGCCCUGCAUCUCCACUGGAUAAACUCGUUCUGAAAACCACUAAAGAACAGACCAGAAAUAACUUCAUCGAAAUGUCUCUUCCAGCGACACUUCUUGGGGUGUAUAUACACCGCGCGGUGCAAAAAUGUGGUCCCUGGGCAACAGAAAUUCAGUCCAAGGAAAUGGACCUCUCAGUUUCGACAUUUUUGUUCCCGUCUCGAGAGACCCGAGAAUUCGGCCGCAGUGUGGUGGCGGUUGCAGAUGCUCUCGUCUUCAACUCCUUAAGCCCACCUGAUGUUUCUCUUCCCCCCUGUCUCCCUCGUAUUCUUCAUCUCCCGGAGUCCCUUCACAAGCCACCGCUAGCACCGUACCCUCCCGGCCUCUCGUUCUCUCUUUUUUGGGCCUACACCGCAGAUCCGCUUGUGCUUCCUCACUUUCUGCGGCUCUUCCUUCUUCUCGUCGUUCAACACUUUCAGCUCCAACAAAGCGUCCAAGUCCCCAUCCCUAUGCAGCACCUGCUUCAACAGCAGUCCGAUCUCCUCUCUUCCUCUACGUUUUCUACACUUCCGUCCACGCUUGCGCGUCUCUUCCCCCUCCCGUCGUUGCGAUCCCUCUGUAAUCUUGAAACUAUAGUCGACAACGGUGCACGAUCAGGGGACUGUUCCUCCUCCGGGCACGAAGGCCGGGCAGAGGCAGACGAAGCAGUAGAGAUGGGAGAGAAGGAGAGGUUAGGAGAGAGCCGAUGUAGCGUGGCAUCUAGUAGCUGUAGCGCGGCCACUAAUGUUUCGGAGGGGCAGAGUAUUUCCCUGGACGAGCCACUGGCGUCGAGCUGGCAAAAUUUGUCAGCGAUUAGGGAAAGAAUUAAACGAAAUAGGAAAACUCUGGGAGCGGCAUCAGCGACCGUCGCUGCUGCUGAAGGUUUGUUCCUUGGCUGCGUACAAGGAGACUGUAACACACUUACUGGGAGAGAGAGCGAAGGAACGGAGCAAGGAGUGUUUUGCGGCGGGGAGCUCAAGGGGCACCUGACUGGAGAAGAAGAUGAGGAACUCGAAGUUCUGCGAAGGGCGAGUUUCGAGGGCACACGAAUCUACAUUAAACUCGACCAAACAGAGAAUCACCUCUCGACUGCCCCGUUGACUUCGUUUUCUAAGUACGAAUGCAGGAUCAAUCAGCUCGAAGUGUACCAACUUCUACUGCUUCUUCAUAUGCUCCCGUCUUCGAAGCAACAGUAUCUCAUCAACACUUACAUGGCCGACGCAAGCCAGCGCGAAUCGAGCCGCGCUGCCUUGCUCUCCUGUAUCAAUUCUUCACCUUCUCUCUCCUCUUCGCUGGCCACAAGCCUCUUCCCGUUGUCACCUUCCUCACAGCUGAGUGACGAGACAACACCCCGUCUGUCCUUCACCUCUGUGCAGUCUUUCUCCCGACGCUUGGCGCGCGCGGCUAUAGAGGCGUUGGAGAUGAAGCCUGUGCAUGCCAUAUCGCCGAGUCUGCGUGGUUUCUCUCUCCACCUUCUACAGCUCCUUCAGCAGGCACAACGUUCGGCAGCGAGCGAACCGGAGGCUUUGGAGCGAGCGGGCUUCGCUAUACGAGCUGCCGCAUGUGCACCGCACAACCCAGUUCUCUGGAUGGCUGUAGGAUCUCUUCUUCUCGAGCUGCUGCUUCUUCUUUUAGACAAAUACUGUGCAGCAGGUCGAAAAGGAGACGGUACAGGAGGCGGCCUACGCAGUAGGGAAGAAGAGGAGACGGCACGGUGGGCUCGGAAUAUAUUCUCGAGUUUUCAAGCCAACGGCCAGUUCCCUCCAAUGCGAAGAGGAGGUGUCUCCGACUCCUUCCUUUCUCAAGGGACAGGCAGCAGUCCAAGUCCCAGUUUUUGGUUGCCCAGGGGCGUGGGAGGAAUCGGCGGGGGAGCAAACGUCUCUCCAGUAUCGUACGCGCCGCGAGGUGGAGGGAAGAAAGGCGACAGGGGCGCUGGACGAGCAGUGUCUGCUGGAGAAGAAGAACGCAUGCUAUCAUCUUCUCUCGUCACUGCCGCCUCCGUUGCAUCUCUGUGGAAUCAGGUGGGGUGUAUCGGAGACCGGGCCGCGCCCAAUGAAGAGACACUCCUUCAAAUCUUCGCCCACACCGCGCUGGUCAUAAACGUGUGUGGGGAAAUCUGGUUAGCGGCUCUGCGCCGCUUCUGCCCGCAUGUGUGUGUGGAGGAGCCAGAUCUUCCGCAGGACGAGCAGGUUGAAGAGGAAGCCGAACAGGAACGGAGAGAGGCGAAGAAAGUGAAGAGAAGAGCGGACGAGGAGAACAAGGUGAGAGGCGGUGAUAUGUCGCUUGAGGUGAUGUGGGAACGAAUGAACGUAAAGAAACUAUCCGAGACUUGGUGGAUUCAGAUGUGUCGAAGUGGAAAGAAAAUUGAAGACCCGUGUGACCUACAGUGGCGGUACCUCAGCACCCGUCUUGACGUCCUUCUUCUUCUCGUCCUUCUCUGGAAGCAGUUCCGGCAUUCGUCUUCCUCGCUGUCAGCAGCACCUACUGCGGCAGGUGGAAUGAGUGCUCCGACCGCGGAUCCAACAGAGAGACACCGUAGGUACUGGAUGUGCCUGGAUGCAGCGAAUGAGGCGUUCUUUGCAAAGGCUAACUUGGGAAGUAGGAGCGAAGGGUUGACACCACGGCAGAAAGAGAUUCUUGAGUUGUGCGGUGCUGCUUCUGUCGAUGGGCAGAAGAGCCACGCUGAUUCGGCUCCCUCGUCUUCCUCGCAGAGCCAUGGAGCUGUUGAAAACAACUCAGAGAAGGUGGUUCAGUCAAGCUUGCUAAGCUUUGCUAAGCAUCCUUCAUCUUCGUCGCAACAACCCAGCAGGGACGAAAAAGUGGGAGAGACAAGGAUGACAGACGGUUCCGUCGAGGACGUCCAGAGACUCAGAAGUUUCAUUCUGGAGGUGAGUACUCUUCUCCGUUUCGUAUUCAACCGAUCCAACCUUCCCCUGGUCGUCGCUUCAUCACUCUGCUUGGAAGAAGAACAACUUGGAGGAAAAACAGAAGAUCGGGAUAUCUGGAAUUGGGCUCUCGUCGCGUCUCUAAACAGGUGCAGGACGUGGGUAGAGGCGGAGACUUUCCUUUGGCAUCUGCCUUUGAUGCGCUCGAAGUGGCUCGCGCGUCUCGCUCGGUGGGGUGUUCGUCUUCCACUGGAUCGGAAGAGGGCACAGAUGACUGAGGCAGGAGGGAACCGUACCCCAGUGUCUCUCACUCCUUCGGUCACUGCCACCUCGUUCGCUCCUCCGGACGUGGCCGCUAUGGCUCGCGCUAUUGGGCUUGAGGCAGCUCGUGCCAUUGAGCUCCCUCCUGGCGGAGCAAGGGAACAAGAGAAGCAGCACCCUUCCGACGCCACUUCUUCCAACUCGGCUUCUCUAAAUGGGGGAAGGGCGAGGAACUCCUCGGAGAAUGACGACGCAUCAUUCUUCUCAAGCGCCCUAUUCAGCUCUGCAUUGUGCGAUGCUGUCGACGCAUUAAUGAUCUCCUGCAUUCAAGCUUUCGGCGCUGAAGCGAUGCUGGAUCCCGCUGCCGGAGAUAAGAGCCAAGAGCAAACGAAGGACAACAUCCAGAGCAAAGGGAAACGGUCUGAAGGGAAAGAACAAUCUCAUUCUGUUCGGAGCCACAGAGGGGAAGGGGCAACAACUUCUCGAGACACAGAGAAAGGCGACAAUGCCUCUCUGCUCUCUUCUCCAAGGAGCCGUAGCGAACUGAAAGACGAUAUUGAGGGGAAACAAGGAGAGACAGAGGUGGAAGGCUGUGCUUCUUCUACGUCAUCGGUUAGGUUACAAGGUGGUGUUCAUUUUGUCUCAUCUCGUGUAUCUUUAUCCCUCUUUUACUCAUGUCUUGGAGAUAUGGAAGAGCUUGUGGAGGCGGAGGGCGACGUGCUGCCUCUCGCCAUGCCUCUUUACCACCUUCACGCUCUUCGUUUGAAGAUUGUUAUGCUCUCUCGUGGUGCCCUGUGGCGUCUGGCAGCGCUUUUUCCCUGGCGGUGUUCUCCCGCUGGUGUGUCUGUUAAGUCACAAGACAAAGGUGGCAAGAAAGACAGUAAGGUUUCUGUGGACACCACCAAUAUAGAAGUGAAAAAAGAACGAGGGGAAGAUGAUGGACGAAGCAUACGAUCUUCACCUAGCUCGAUACGCCUAAGAAGAGAUUAUUUGCUUCGCCGCUGGCUUGCCGGAGGCAGAGAAGACGACGCCCGACGAGAAUACGGACGCCUACUGCGACAGGGCGCGUCUGGACUCUGCUGCGGGGUCACAGUCUCGAAGGAGAGACCUGAGAGCCAUUUUGACACAAACAAGGAUGAGACGAGGAAGGAGGAGAGAGAGAUAGAAGAAGAGGAAUUGGAAGCUUUACGACCGUUCCAAUGUCCUGCGGAUGUCGUCGCAGAUUGCAUAGAAGCGCUUCAGUAUCUCGCGCUUAAAAGCCGUCAAGCGGGUUUGUGGACGUGCAUUCCCCGUCUUCUGCUGGUGAAUGCCAGUCUGGCAUCUGGGCAGCCGACUCUCGCACUGCGACAUCUGCGCCUUUUGUUUUCGCGUGGGGCGACAAAACUGUUGCCCCCCGAUGCGUGGCUGAGCAACCACUAUCAGGCGUUGAAGCAAAGGAGACCGGCGUAUGAGAGAUCGAAAUUCCGCCUUUUCUGUGCGACGGUCGACACAGCCAUUCUCCUCACCCAAGCUAUUUUGCAACGUACAGAGAAAGCCAAAGAAGAGCAAUUGCUUGCGCUUCGGAACGAAGAUGUGGGAAACAGCGAAGCUGAAGAGGAAACGAAGCAAAACAAUGCCGGUCUCGGGUUUUCUUCUUCGUCGUCAGUCGCUGCGUCUCCAGCAGGCGAGGACGAGAGAGAGGGCAAGCGACAGUCAAUUCCCAAACAGGUCGCUGGAGAGGGGUGGAUCUUUGGUGGCCUGGAGAAGGUGGAGCACCUCGACGACUUAGUUCAAGGUGUAAAGUUCUUAGUAGAGCAGCUGGAGCUACAGGUCAAGUUGCUGCGUAGGCUGCAGCUGAACGAGCUAGGAACUUACCUCCAGCUCGCGUUCUUCCAGGACCCGUCCCCUCAAAAUACCAAGCCGGGAACGCCGUUCUACACUCUGCAGACGCAAAUUGCUCAGCUUUGUCAGUCGCCAAAUGCAGGCGGACUUAUCGCGGAGGGCCGAGGAGAUAAGGGAACAGGAGGAAGUAACAGCGGCACCAGUGCGAGCGGCGACCGCACAGGCGUUCAGGGCGCUGCGAACUUCUUGAUGCUAAUGGGUAGUUUGUUGGGAAGUGGUGGAGUCGGUGGUCAGACAGGAACACUGCAGGGAACAGCAACAGAUGAGGAUGGCCAGCAGGCGAACAAGCGGAUGCAGAGAGAAAUCGUCAACAUACUGCUAAAAGGCACGAUCGACGUGUUCGAGUAUCUGGUCACGUACUGUCCAGAUGUCUUAGAUAUGCGGGAAAUGCACCGGGCUAUCACUCAGCUUUUCCCCGAAGUAGGGGUGCCUGCAGUCGAACCCCAAAACACGUACGUGGCGACAACAGCGAGCUUAGACGGUCGCCUUCUUCGACUUCUCAGGGAUGCAGUCACGUGCGUGAGAAAUGCGUCUCCUAGCGCUACGUCGGGCCUCCUGAAGCAACUAAAGCAGCUCAUUCGAGAGAAGGCAAAAGAGGUCAAGGAUGUAGGUGCGAGAGAGGAGAUCGAUAUGAAUGUUGAAAUGGUGUCCGUGGAAAGCGGUCCUCAAAAUGAGAAUGUGAUAGAAACAAGAGAUGCGCGCGUUCCGGACCAGGACGAUGAAGAUGAUGGAGUAAUAUGCAAGUUUGUUGAGAGACUGGAGAACAUCUUCGUAGCUGCCUGCCGAAAACUCUUGUACUACAAUCCUCCGUCUCCUGCAGAGGAUUUGGCUGCUUCUUACUGUUCCGAAGGCACACAGACGCGUCCUACUCCUCCGCCUGCAGUCGCUGUGAUGCGCCUCAGUCUAGGGUUGCCCGUUCAGUGUGGCAUGGAAGUCCAAGAAAUUGAGAAAGUCACUGAAGCUCUGGCUGCAUAUGCGAAAGCAACACGAGCUGGGGCUCCGUCCGUCGAGCUGUUCCUCAAAUCGGGCCGCGUUACAGCGACGCCCAGUGGGCGAGGAGGAAAAGGACACGGAACUGCAGGAGUGCAUGGCGCGGGGGGAGGAGAAACUGGAAGGAAAGAGAGAGGAAGAGGUGGACGUGGGGGGAGCGCUAGUGUAGCGCAGGCACGCGGUGUUGCUGGGGGAGGAAAUGCAAAUGCAGAGACAUCCGUCAAAGCCGAUGGCGCAGGCUCUACAAGCCCGGCUGAGACUCCUUCGUUGUCACCCCCGGGUCAAAAUUGGGUUGGUAAAGCUGCAGAGGGUGAUGCAGGAAUCAAGGACAGAGGAGGGGACGAGAAGAGAAGAAAAACUGAAGAGAGAGGAGAUGGAGGACAGCCCAACAAGACGCCACGAGAAGAGCCAGAGAGUCCGCCUGCAGGCGAAUCCGCUGACCGUGGCGUCAGUAGCACUCCAGAGUGUCCGGUCCCCGUUAUCGAGUCAUCGAUGCCGACUGAAAAUAGACUACAGCACAGGGGACCAUAGUGUCAACUGCAUGUCACAUGCUAUUUCUUAUUGGUUGGUCCGCUCGUGCGCGCGCACAUUUUCGACUCUGCCGUGCCGUGCACACACGGUGUGAUCCACGUGUGAGAGGUGGCUCUGCUUUUUUGUCUUUCAGUUGUUGUAUAUGUUCUCUUUAUGAUGUAAUAUUAACGGGAGUGAUACUACCGGUCCUUGACGGGUCUGGAAAUCCGGCGUGGUGGCCUGUAUCUACCUAGUUGUAAGCCAUGACUGAGUUGAUAGGUGGCUUUGUCCAGAAAGGGUGUGAAUAAUUCGAAACGACAGUGGCAUAAUCCAGUUGCAAAUAUAGUGGCUGCAGUGUUAGGAGAGAGCCAAACAUACAUAGGCCAUGAAUCGAGCCCCGCUUGUCAACUUGCUCACCGUGAUAUGCAUUGUCGAUGCACAACAGUUUUCAACUGUUCUCACCGCAGUGCUGGUAGCAUACUGCAAUGUCACUAAGAGCUUACGCAUACGCAUCAUCCGUUACCUGGCGUCAUGCUUCUGUAUAGCACUACGCUCUUCAAGUAACGAUGUCGAUAAAGGCUGUCUGUGAGCAAAAAUAUAUCGUGUAAAAAUGUUUCAUUGAUUUGAGCGUGUGCCGUUUCGUGAGGUGGCAAUGUUGGGUCAUGUGGCGCUCCACAUGCGUUAGUCGUGUUCUGUGUACGCAGACACCAGCUUGCACUGAUCAGCCCUGCUGGGAAAAUAAAGAGAUCUUCAUUUCGAGCUUUUUCUCCGACUGAUGACGCGCAGAUCAUCAGGCAAGCAGAGGAUCCGAAACGAAAAAAGAAUUUUAAUCUCUAAUACUCCACUCAGGGUGGGGGCAGGGAGGAGGUCUGUGAGUGAUAAGAAGCUGGUGGAAACACUUUCAAUUUUCUUUCAGGACGAAUCAUUCCGUGACUUGAAGGCGCCGGUCUGGAGAACGAACAGUAGAGGUUGAAAUUUCAAUGAUGGUCGGGGAAUCCACCGCAAACAAACGAAGUUUAACAUGAAUAGGGAAUUGAAAUUGAAACUCCAUUUUCGGUGCAAGAGGAGAAGCACGAGCACUACCCUAACGUCACUACUGUUCUAGGAAACAAGAUUCUAGAACAUGGACCCCCGUCAGAAGCGUACAUUAUCACCGCUUUAGCAUGAGGCUGGGCAGCAUCAUUUAGGAAGCCCGUCUAGGGAAUACGGACGUAGCUGGAGGGAAGUAGAUUGUGCUCGCUGUCUCUAGGGGGUGACAUUCAGAAGCGUCUUUAGGAUUGCACUGAUCGGUGAGAGGGGCAUGGCGACGCGAUCGUAGUCGACAACAGAAUCCCAGCUGUAAGUAAAGCGUCCAACGGUGAAGCCAAUAUUGAAAACUCGAACACCAGCUUCUUGGACAGCUUUAAAUGCCACACUUGCGUCGUUUCCUUGGACCUGAACAAGAGCCAUCGGAGUGUUAUCUGAUGCAAAUCCCGCCCCUGCUGUGGCGUAAAGGCGACCGAGGCGUCCGAACCCAACCUGAUAGUAUAGUAGGUCGUUGAUAGGGUCCUCGAACUUCGUUGCAAUCUCCAGUUGCCAACCGCGGCCCCAGUUCCCCUGGAACUGCGUC